AAGAAAAAGCAGCAAGAAGGAGACAAGAUACUGGGGCAGUGGCUGCAGCAAUGGAGGAAAAGAGAUGAACACUAGGAGAUCUUCAGGAAGAAGAAUGGGCCUUGGUAACCCUGGAUUGGAAUGGGGUAAAGAGGACCCAAAGUUUCUUCCUUUGCCAGUGGGAUGGAGGCUUGGGGUUGCCCUGUUUGCUCUGUUCAUGGGAAAUGGUGUUCCUGUAGGACAUCCAGUGAGGGAGUGUGAAGGCUGCUGGGUAUAUAGUUCUGGGUUUAGGAGUUGGGUCACAGGUAAAGAUUCAUGAAUGGACAGAUAGUGGGACUGAAGGACACUUACUAGAAAAGUGUAACCCCAAGAAUAAAGAGGAAAACCAGGGGUUUGGGGGUCAGGGAAUACUGUGGUAAGAAAGCCAGCUGACAGAUCAGUUAAGACUGAGGUGUAUUCAGUUAAUAACAUGGAGAUUCUGGGUGGAGGUACCAUGGAAAGGAGUGGGAAGUGAAGCAGUGAUGCACACCUUUGCUGGGGGUUUUCUACUCCAAGCUCUACCACAUAGGCUGAGGUCUGGAGACCCUGAGUUCCAGGAAGAGAUAGUUGAAAGCUGGCAGCAGAGUUAGGCAAGGACUGGGUUCUCAGGCUCCAGGGUGCCACUCUGCUCACCUUGAUCUCAGGUCAAAGCCUUUGCUGAGUGACCUCUUCCAGGAGCUUUACCAAUCCCUGCUAACCCAGUCUGGUCAGCAGUGGCACAGACACAAGACAUUUCUAUGUGCAGGAGGCUCUGCGGGGGAGCAGGAGACUCAAAACUGAAUCUGGGACUGGACUCAGGCUUAUAAGCUCCUGGAAGACAGGGCUGCAGUGCUUGCCUGGGAAGUUAAUGCAGACAGGGUUGACCUGCUGUCUUGUAUCCCAAUGGGGACAAAGGAGAGGUGGGAUGGGGGAAGCACAGAGGAUUCCUGGACUGAAUUCCAAAAGAUUUGGGACAGUACUUUCUGCCUGUAUGAUCCUCCUGGGCCUAAGAAGCAGCGUCCCCAUCUGGGCCUAAGUAAUGAGAACUGUUGUAAGAAUUGGAGAAGCAGUUUUGUGUGUGCAAACCGUCCUCACUCGGCAGUUUACUGGGUGGCAGGCGGGGGGCAUUCCGUGAGAGUGGGGGUAACCAGAGACACCGAUACUUACCGGGCCUCAGAAACGCGGUCUUGGGGAGUCUGAGCUAGCACCAAGAACAGGCCUUCCCAGCAAGAAUUGCCCCUAAGGAAUCCUCUCAGGGAUUUAUCUUCACUCGGAGUUCCCGGCGCGGCGCCGGGGCGGAGCUGAGCUCCAGAUGUCCGGGCGCGCACAGCUGGAGGGUCACGUGGCACGGCCUCGGUCCCCUUCCUGCCAACGCUGCAUUUGGCCCAGGCCCCGUCCAUGGCCGCCCUUAGGACCCUGCGCUGAGCCCGAGGCUCCAGCGUCGGGGGGCCACGCCGCUCCCAGAAGGCUCUGCGGGCGACCCUUCGAAGAGAGGGCGGGCGUCGGCCACGCGGUCAUGAGGAGGCGGCUGCGCCUACGCCGGGACGCGUCACUCACGCUGCUCCUCAGCGCCGCCCUUGGCCUCUUACUGUAUGCGCAGCGCGACGGCGCGGCCCCCACUACUAGCACGCCGCAAGCGCAAGGGCGGGAGGCACAGAGACCCACCCCAGGUCCCCGAGCAUUCCAGGUACUGGACUCUGGCGCAGCCCCACCGGCCUACGAAGGGGACACGCCGCCAUCGCCCACUCCCACCGGCUCCUUUGAUUUCCGCCGCUACUUGCGCGCCAAGGACCAGCGGCGCUUUUCACUCCUCAUUAACCAGCCUCACAAGUGCCGUGGUGAUGAUGCACCUGGUGGCCGACCUGACCUGCUCAUAGCUGUCAAGUCGGUGGCAGCUGACUUCGAGAGGCGACAAGCCGUGCGCCAGACGUGGGGUGCCGAGGGUCGCGUGCAGGGGGCACUUGUACGCCGUGUGUUCUUGCUGGGGGUGCCCAGGAGUGCAGGCACCAAUAAGGCUGACCCAAAGGGGGUGGGCACACAGACACACUGGCGUGCACUGCUGCAUGCUGAGAGCCAUGCAUAUUCGGACAUCUUGCUCUGGGCCUUCGACGACACUUUUUUCAACUUAACACUUAAGGAGAUCCACUUUCUGGCCUGGGCCUCAGCCUUUUGCCCCAACGUGCGCUUUGUUUUUAAAGGUGAUGCUGAUGUAUUUGUACACGUGGGGAACCUGCUGGAGUUCCUAGCAUCGAGGGAUCCUGCGCAGGACUUGCUUGCAGGUGAUGUAAUAGUGCAGGCGAGGCCAAUCCGUGCUAGGGCCAGUAAGUACUACAUCCCAGAGGCUGUGUAUGGCCUGCCUGCCUACCCAGCCUACGCAGGUGGUGGUGGUUUUGUUCUUUCUGGAGCUACGCUGCGCCGCUUGGCAAGUGCCUGUGCACAGGUUGAGCUCUUUCCCAUCGAUGAUGUCUUUCUAGGCAUGUGUCUGCAGCGCCUCCGGCUCACACCUGAGCCUCACCCAGCUUUCCGUACCUUUGGCAUUUCCCAGCCUUCUGCAGCACCACACCUGAGCACCUUCGACCCCUGCUUCUACCGCGAAUUGGUUGUAGUACAUGGGCUCUCAGCUGCUGACAUCUGGCUUAUGUGGCGCCUGCUGCAUGGGUCACAUGGGCCAGUCUGUGCACAUAGGCAGCCCGUUGCUGCAGGCCCCUUCCAGUGGGGCUCUUAGCCACCCAUCACAGUGCCAAGCUUCUCUUAGCCCCAGGAUGGAACAGAAGAGAGCCUGAAGGAGAUUCCUGUGUGGAUUAUUAAGGUGUGGGUUACUCUUUCCUAGAUUACCUGUGUCUGCCUCCUCAGAAUCCCAGGGUAUGGAAACUGAGUUUGGCAUUUCCUGUUGGCUCAUACUACACAGAGGAGGUCUAAAAAACAAUGUAUUGGUGACCACAAGUAGAGCUAUGGCUGAGGUGGAGGAAGACCAUGUCUUGCCCAGCAGGCCCCAGAGCAAUGGACAUAUUUAGUCAUCCUAGUAGCACAUAGGUGUGUGUUCAGGUGGAGGCUUGGUUUUGAACUCCUAGGAUGAUGCAGACACAUGCAGCUCCUCAAGGCCAGGUCCCACAGCCUUCAUGGACCUGGCAGGCAUUCUGUCAUAACUCAGUCUAAAGUAGACAUGUUGCUUGCCACCUGCUUCUUCAAUUGGAUUCCCAGCCCUGUCUACAUCUUUAGAUCUUUCCCCUCUCAGGUCUGCUUUCCUGGGCCAACUCCAAUAGGAUCCAGGUCUGCCUGGUACACCAUGGAUAGAGCCAUAUCAAGGACAACUAUGUCAUGUUCCCAAAGUCUUUCCCCAUCUCCUAUACCCAUACACUAUGCCAUUGUUAAAAGCUGUCCCGUCCCCUUCAGAGGAGCCAUGGCUGUCUCCUCAGACUCUUCUACUAUAAAAUUUCUCAUAUUCUUCAACCACCCCCUUCCUAAGAAAUAAAUACUUCCACACUUAUUUCAGUACAAAUAUCUCAGCAACAGCCCAUGGCAAGCUGCUGCUGAGGGCACAGGUGCUUUAUUGGAGAAGGGAUGUGGGCAGGGGAUGAGGAUGGGUCCCUCAUUCCAAGAGGAUGGGAAUAGUCCUGGCUACCCCUGACAGUAAAAUGUGCAGGGUCUCUGGCCAGACCACUGUCCAAAUGGGAAGACAUUAGUCAGUUACAAAAUCAAAGUCAUGGGAGUGCCACAUAAGCCUGACUAUAGGACUAGGAACCAUACAGGCACGUGGAGCAGAUCCCCUGCACAUUCAUCAUGAACUAUACAGGAUGAGGCUGUACAUGAGUUAAUUACAAAAGUUUCAUAUUUACAAAAAUCUGUACACACAUUUGAAAAACUCACAAAAUUGUCAUCUAUGUAUCACAAGUUGCUAGACCAAAAUAUUAAAAAUGGGAUUAAAAUUA